AAAAAAAAAAACGUGCACCCAGGGGGGGCAGGAGCAAGUUUGGGAAACCUUAUAGGCUAGUAUCCACCGUGUGACAAUGUGCUAUCAAGGCCGGCCCUAAAAAUUUAGUGCCCUGGGGCUAUUUUCGUCAGCUAUUUGGUAAUAGCUCAGAAGUCGGGACAGGGCAUCGUCUGACUCUAUCGUUGAGAGACAUGGACCAGCCGCGUACGGGACACACUUCAUUGACUAAUUUUAAUUGUUAAUGCUGAUGCUCUGAAUGCGAAAACAAUCAUUUCCCUGUCGUCAUUAUUAAAGAUUUCAGACAAAGCGUAUAGCUGAAUCAAACUGCGGCUCUAUUGGACUUCAAGCGAUAGAUUGGGAUGUAGGCUAUGCGAAAUUGUGCGGUUCUCAUUGGAAUGCGGUCAUUUCUGGAAUAAACAAACGCAUGUGAUGCUAAGGCGCAUCUGCACUGCUGCCAAGAAUAAUACGACUAUUUGACUGUGGGGAGUUUUCUUGUCAUUGGAUUGCUAAUAAUCCAUCCAGGUGGAUUGUCAAAAACCUAUGAAACGAUUUGAAGGUCGCCUUCGAUUUGAGAUGCUGGCGAUUAACUGCGCUUUAAUUGUAGCGUUCAUGCACAGCGGGACAGCCUCCAGGUGUGUAGACCAUGCCUGCAGUCCUCCCAUUGGCAACCUGGCCAGUGGUAGGACCCUCACCACCCUCUCAGGCUGCUGUGGGAAUGGGUCCCACCACUCCCCAUGCCCCACUCCCCUCCACACCUGUCCAGAUCAUCUCCACCCUCCUGCCCACAUGGUGGAUGAUCCCUUCCUGCACCCAGACACCUGGUGGGGCUCGGGCGUGGGCACUGACCAAGUGGAGGAGGUCCGUCUGGACCUGGAGACCCGUUUCUGUCUGACCCAUGUGGUGCUGCUGUUCCACUCACCCAGGCCCGCUGCCAUGGCCAUGGAGCGCUCGCAGGACUUCGGCCGGACGUGGGAAACACUCAAGCUGUUUGCACAGAACUGCAGUCUGGCGUUUGGUCUUCCUGAUGACACCAGUCAGCAUGGCUCGCGGUGUACGUCCCGGUACUCCAGUGCCAAGCCGUGCAGCAGGGGAGAGGUGAUAUUUCGGACUCUGGGUCCUGGUGGAUUAGUUGACCCCUACAGUCCAGAGGGCCUUUCCCAGCUGACCCUCACCAACCUCCGCCUCAGACUUCUCAAGGCUCAGACCUGCCCAUUAUCUGUUGCGCCUUCCACCUCUUCUUCCUCCAUCAGACUCUUCAAACCUCCUGCGGACCUGAAUCUUCCCCUUCUCCCUUCCCCCCAGCCCAGCUCAGAGGCCCCUGCCUCAGCCCCAUUUGCCAUUUACACUCUCCUGGCUCGGGGGACCUGUCUCUGUCAUGGCCAUGCAGAACACUGCUUACCCCACAGAGGUGGACAGGACACACCGAAGGACAUGGUGGCUGGCAGGUGUGUGUGCACUCACCACACAGCAGGAGAACACUGUGAAAGGUGUGGCCCACUCUACAAUGACCAGUCCUGGAAGCCAGCCAAUGGCAGCAGUGGGGAGCCACACCCGUGUCAUAAGUGUGAGUGUCACGGCCAUGCAGAGAGCUGUCAUUUCUCCAAGAGGGCGUGGCUGUCCUUGGAGGGCACCAGUGGGGGUGUCUGUGACGACUGCCAACACAAUACAGCUGGGCGCAGGUGCCAGCGCUGUCGCCACGGUUACCACCGCCAACCAGCCAUGCCCCUCAACUCCCCCCACAUCUGCACACGUUGUUGGUGUGACCCACUGGGCUCAUUACCAGCCAUCUCUGGGGAGGAGGGCCGAUGGUGCCACCCCAGGAGUGGACAGUGCCAUUGCAGACCGGGUGUGGGGGGAACAGGCUGCAACCACUGCCUCCCUGGAUACUGGGGCUUUGGGGGAGAGGGGUGCAAACCCUGUGCUUGUCCCCAAAACUGUGACCCCCACACUGGGCUCUGCCUGGACAGCUAUGCAAAUAACCAGGUUUUAAAUAUACCUAUGGGAGGCAAGAUUCUUGCCAUGGACCAUGCCUUGACCACUGAGGGUGAGCCAGUGUGGUCAAAGCAACUGUCAGUCUCUGCCCUGCACUACACAGGGAAAUGCAGUUGUAAGGAGAGAAAGUUGAGGAGUGUCUCAGAUCUCUGCAAGACCAAAUAUGCCUAUGUGAUCAAAGCCAGUGUGUUGUCAGCUCAUGACAAGGGGAGCCACGCAGAGGUACAGGUCAAAGUUCGCAAGGUCCUGCGUUCAGGACAGGUGCCUCUCUCCCAGGGCACCCACAGUAUCUACCCCCUCUCCUGGACUAGCCGGGGGUGCACCUGCCCCAUCCUUAAUCCAGGAUGGAGGCUGAACCCUCUCCUCUCCCUCUUCUUCUAGGUGUGGAGUACCUACUGGCGGGUCCAGAGGAGGUAGAGACAGAGCGGCUGCUGGUCACCAUGCAGAGUGUGGUGGUUCCCUGGACCCCUCAACUGGGGACCCACAUAUCGGAGGGCCUAAGGCAGGGCUGCCCAGAACACCCUCUCCAAACCCAUAACAGAGCAAUUUGAAAGGAAAUUGAGGGUUGUAUCACUGGUUCAAUGGAUAAUUCAGGAAAGGGACUGAAAGUCAGUGGAAAAGGCUUGACCGAGUGUCUUGACCAAUGACGGCUAUGGAAAAUCUUCCCCCUAAAAGACUACAACCCUGCCAUAUGAUGCAAAGAGGACUGACUGGAAUCUUUUGAGCCAUUCUUGUGAAGAUGAUUUAACUUGGGGGAAAUACCACACAAACUUUUUUUUUAAGCAUCCUUCUGGAAUCCAAUGAAUGUUUGGGUAGUCAUAUUUGAGCCAUUAUUUUCUGCAAGCCAGUGUUAACUAUCAGACACAACAAACCCUGGUAUACAAGCUUUACAGACUUUGUGUAUGUCAAAAGCCAUGCCUUUAAUGAUAACAUCAAAAUGCCUACUAGGUUCUAUAACAAUAUAUUACAUUCCAUUCUCUGCUUUUAGUGUACUAUAUAUUUAUCAGUAUCCAAUUCCGAUCAUUUAGUGUUCCAAUUAAAAUGCUAAAAAU